CUCCGCCCGGGACCGGAUCCCGUCGAGGACGCGGGCGGCGCCCAGCAUGGAGAAAGGGGGCUUCAAGAAGCUCGGCAGGCUCUUCCACAAGAGCGAGUCCGAGGACUCCGAGCUGGACAGCGGCAGGGACGCGUCGUUCCCGUCGCCCUGCCCUUCCCCGUCCCUGAGUCAGGGGCGGCGGGAGCAUCUCCACAGCCACGACGCCGCUGCUGCCGCCGCCUCCGGAGAGCGCAAGAAGCGCUCGGCUUUCGGGAACUGGCGCCUCAAGAAGAAGCGCAAGGAGCGCCCGGCGGCGCUGCCAGGGGAGGGGAGCCUAGGAGGGGCGAGCGAGCCCCCGUCUCCCUCGCUCUCCCACUCGUCCUUCUUCACCACCUCGGAGCCCACGACCCCCACCAACAGAUAUUUUGACAUGCCAGAUACACAAUUUGCUGCUCAGGCCAAUCAGCUGCCUCUACUACCCUCACAGGAGACACAGUUUGCUUAUGGAAUUCCAAUGGAUUCAGUAACUACAUCUACAUUGCCAGCAUCAUUUAAAAAGUCCAAAACAUGCUCUGCAGAGUCUUAUAAGGAAGAAAACAAAAAGAAGCCAGUUUUGGGAAAGUUUGGCAAUUUUUUUACUACAGGGAGAAAAAAAAAUCCCAAAAACAUAUUAGAAGCUUCUUUAAGACCAAGUAUUAAAAGUUUAAGCUCAGAAUCACCUCACAAGGGUAUAGCUCCACUGGCAUCAAUAGAUAUUGAAGACUUUAAAGACCUGUCUAAAAGUGAGGAAUCUCUUAUUGACCAGGUUUGCAAUCAGGACCAGGAAAGGAUACAGAGUACUGUUAAAGACACAGAAGAAUAUCUCUACAAUAGGGAUCUGACACCAUUGUAUAAUGAUAUUGUUUCAGAAUGGAACACUAAAGGAAUUAAUUCGGACAGUGAAUGGUCAUCUGAUUGGCGCAGCAGUAGUGAGACAAUAAAAAAUACAUUAUUUGAUAGCAAUCUUACACUUCAGACACUGGAAGCAGAGAAUGAUCUAGUCACCGACACAAAAAAUACUACAACUCCAGAUUUCUUUAGAAGUUUAACUAAUAUAUCCAGUGAGGACCUAGAACAUAACAUAUUAAACCACAAGGAAUUAGUGGAUGUUCAUUCAUGUUCAGAAUCAGAAUAUGCACCAUCAGAGGUGCCAUCUAUUUUGGAAUCCAGUGAACGUGCCCAUACUUCUAGAGUGCUGACAUUGGAUAUUUUUCUUCGUAGAGCUGAACAACCAUAUUCCAAUGAACCAGUAACUGUUGUAUUAGACGACUGUAGUAACACAUACACAAUGGAUAAAAAAUCUGCAGUAAGGAGAUCUGGAAAGAGGAGAAAAUCUCAGUCCUCCAGUGAUAUGCCAAAUGGGGAUAGAAAUGUAACUGAGAAUACUGCAAAAGAAGAACCUGUUUUUGAUGGUAUUGCUUCAGAUUUGGUUUCAGAAAAAAUAACCACACCUGAAAGAAAAGCUAAGACUUCUCAACAGAUGAAUUCUCCCACAACUAACCAUGACACAAGGACUGGAAGUAAUCACAAGGGACUUACUAAGACAGAGUUAGAAAAAAGCAAGCAGCAGACCCCUACUUCAUCCCCAUACAGGAGGAAAUCCUUAAAAAAGAAUCAACCUGACACAAGUCCUCUUUCACCCACAGGCUUAAAGAGUCAUGGGAAAGAUUCAUCCACCAAACGACAGAUUGAAGGUGCAACAGAUAGUAGUCCGAUAUCAAAAUGUAUUUCAGCAGAGAAGCUGUCUUCUGGUGAAAGCACUGUAGAGACUUCUAAAAUUUCUUCUAUAGGCAUCACAGACAAUAGCACCUUGCCACAUUCUGAAAGAAGAACAGAGUCUAAGGUACCAGAUAUUGUCAACAAUUCUGAUGGCAGUGCUUUGCUGCAUGCUGACAAGCAAAGAAAUGGCGAGUUGGGAACUACAAAUGGAAAGCAAACUACCUCUAGUUUGGAUGGUGCAAAGGAGAGAAAUCCAUGCUUUGGUGUUUCCAGAACUGUCACAACAAAAGUUAGUCUUCCAGCUAAACCAAAGAAUGUAGAAUUAAACCUUAAGACGUCCAGAACUCUAGAAGAUGUGCAAACUGAGCAAGAUUCUAUGGACAAAGCUGUUAAAAUUAACUUCAGUAUUGCCAAUAAAAUAUCCAUGUUUGAAAACAAACAAACUAAUCAGAACCCAUCUGCUGAGAUCUCUUCUUUAAAAAAAGGUUCUGUAUCAAAUACAUUUGUUGGCAGAGCAAAGCUGAAAUUUGGGAAACAGCACCCUGAAAGUGAACAGACCAAAAGAAUAACAAAUAAGCCAAACAAUCGACAGAAAGCAUUGCAGAAUGGUGCAAAGGUGAAGGAUGUCUCUUUAGAUAUAAAAAUCAAGUCUGAAGGAGGGACUCAGUCAAAUAUUAUAACUAAUGAAGAAAUUGGAAACGCUGCUGAAUCUCAGUUUAGUCAGAAUGGUAAAGUAGAUGAUAACCAUGCGAGUGUUUUUAUUUCUAAAAAAGUGGAUACAGAAUUAGCCAACGAUAAUUUGUUACCUAAAACGGCAUCUAUACUACAAACUGAAGAAAUUGAAACAAACCAAAAUGAUAACAGGAAUACAAAUGUCAGAUCCAUAUCUCCUGAAAGUGGAGAGGAACUUUUCUUGAAAACAGACACGUAUUCUCUAAGUAAAGAAGACCAGUGUCUCUUGCAGCCUGACCCAGUGCCCCCCGAAGUAGAAAACAACAUGACUUAUCAGACUGAAAAUGAAGACACAAAGAUGACAAAUACAUUUUUGGAAAACAAACAGAUAUUCGAGCAGAAUUUCAGUGGACAACCUAGUUCAAACAGUGAUUGUAAUGUCCCUAAAGCUGGCAAUGAGGAUACCAUUUGUGAUUCCCCAGACAUGACAAAGUUUACUGAAACUAUUAAAAAUCUAGAUAGCUCUAUUUGUGUACCUCAAAAAAAGAAAAAACCCAAAGUUCCAAAAUCUCCAGCACCUCCCUUUGCUAUGCCUCCAAUUCAUGAGGACAAUUUAGAGAAAAUAUUUGACCCCAAUAUAUUUACAGUUGGUUUAGGAAUCAAGAGAGACAAACCACGAGAUUUAGCCCCAUCCUUGCAGCUGAAAUUGCAUAGUCUAGAAACAGAGGCUAGAGUCAGACCCAAACGUGCCUCAGCUGAGAACAGCCUUCUUCUCCAAUCUCUGAAAUUAACCAACAGACCAGACCUUGCACUUACCCAGGAAAUAAGUGGGAAAGAGAGCAAGGAUGGUACCGAUGGCGACAUUAAGAGAUCUCGACUUGAAAAGAGUGCCAUAUUCUCAAGCCUUCUAUUACCUGCAACUAAAGAAAAUGUGUUUACUCCAUCUGUAACAUCUAUAAACACUAUCACAACAACUUUUGCAUCUCAGAAGAGUGUUAAUUGCCCAGGAAUCCCUCCUCUAUUUGAUGUAGCUCAGAAAUCUGAGUCUCUUUCAGAUUUCAAAAAUCCACAAUUUAUGGAGAAAUAUUUGCAAACUGAGGAUCCAAAAAAAGAGAGAAUUUUACAGAUGGCAAACUUUGGAAACCCUGACACCAGUUUUUCAAGCUGGUUGAAACCUGGGCAGUAUGAACCAAAUAGCUUCUUACCAGACAUUGAGGCAUUUUCAGGAAACAACCAAAAUAAAAUUAAUCCUAGACCUGGAAAGAUCGUUAUCUGCAGUAAACCAGACACUUUGGAAAAUGCUAUUGAAGUUUUUCAUGAUAUGGUGGACUGCACCGCUUGGGUACUGUCACCUGUAAUUCUAGUUAAAGUCAUCAGAGGAUGUUGGAUUCUGUAUGAGAAGCCAAACUUUGAAGGGCCCUCUAUUCCUCUGGAGGAAGGAGAAAUUGAAUUUACAAACCUUUGGGGUGAAGAACCACUUGAAAACAAAGAUGAAUGCAAAUGUCCUGAGCCUGCAGUGAUUGGUUCAAUAAGGCAUGUAGUAAAGGAUUAUAGCAUUUGCCGAAUUGACCUGUUUACAGAACCAGAAGGGUUGGGUCUUGUAAAUUCAUACUUUGACGACACUGAAGAAACUCGAUUUGGUUCUGCACAGAAAACAUGUUCUAUCCAAGUGCAUUGGGGCAUAUGGCUACUUUAUGAAGAACCUGGUUUCCAGGGAAUCCCUUUAAUGCUGGAACCUGGAGAAUAUCCUAAUCUAUCCUUUUGGGAAAAGAAAGAAGCAUAUGUUAGGUCCAUGAGGCCCUUGAAAAUGGGUGGACGCAAAGUUGAAUUUCCUGAUAGCCCAAAGGUCAUUAUUUACGAAAAGCCAUUCUUUGAAGGAAAACAUGUAGAGCUUGAUUCAGAAUUAGUAGCUCUUGCUGAAGAAGGAAAUGAAAAAGAAGAAUCAGCAGAGCUGGAAACAGGAACACUUACAUCAAUAGGAUCCAUAAAAGUGAAGGGGGGAAUUUGGGUUGCUUAUGAGAAGCCAGGGUUUGCAGGACAUCAUUUGCUGGAAGAAGGAGAAUACCAGGGGAUGGACUGGGGUGGUUAUGAUGAGCAGGUGCAGUCGCUGAGGCCUGUUCUAGGGAGUUUUAUGCAACCUCACAUGAUAAUGUAUGCCGAGAAAGACUUUGGGACUAAAAGUUCCAAUAUAAGCGUUUCAGGAAUUGUUUCCAAUUUAAAGGAUACUGGCUAUGGACUAAGGACUCAAUCCAUAAAUGUGUUAAGUGGAGUGUGGGUGGCGUAUGAAAAUCCUGACUUUACAGGAGAGCAGUAUAUCCUUGAUAAAGGACUAUAUCCCAACUAUGGUACAUGGGGAGCUAAAAGUUGUAAGAUCUCUUCAGUUCAACCCAUAAUUUUGGACAACAUGAGUGAUCAUACGGGGAAAUUUAAGGUCCUGCUAUUUUCGGAACCAGAGUUCCAGGGUAGCUGUCAAAUAUUUGAGAAAGAUACUUCAGAGAUUGAGGAGACAUUCCAUGCUAUGUCUUCAAAAGUAUUAUCUGGCAGUUGUAUUGCAUAUGAUGAAGAAAAUUUCUCUGGAAAUCAGUAUGUGUUAGAAGAAGGAGCCUAUCCUAAUCUAUCUGCAAUGGGUUGCCUACCCAAAACAUGCUUGAAGUCCUUAAAAGUUGUAAAUAUUGAACUUUCUGAGCCAACCAUAACCCUUUUUGAAAAGAAAGACUUCAAGGGAAAGAAAAUGGAAUUUACUACCGAGGUCCUAAAUCUCCAGUUCCUUGGCUACAACCCUCAUGUGGCUUCAGUAGAUGUCCAUGGUGGCAUAUGGAUUAUUUAUGAAUACAAUAAUUAUAAAGGUCGUCAGAUUUUAUUAUCACCUAAGAAAAUACCAAACUGGUAUGAGUCAAGUGGCUACCACAAAAUAGGUUCUCUACGGCCUUUAUUUACAGAAAAAGCAUAUUUCAGAUUGAGAAACAAAGAAACAGAGAAGUUCAUGUCAACUGAUGGAAAUGUAGAUGACUUGAAUCUUCUUAGGAUACAGGUUGUGGAAGAUACUAAAUCUGAUGAACAAGUCUGGAUUUAUCAAGAUGGAUUCAUCAAAUGUAGGCUGGCAGAAGAACUUUGUCUCACAAUUGUGGGAAACCUGAUUACACCUGGUGCCAAACUGGGCCUGGCACUUCAGCAGAACGAAGAAAAACAAAAAUGGAGUAUUAAUCCAGAUGGCAGGAUUUACAGCAAGAUGAAACCAAACUUAGUAUUAGAUAUUAAAGGUGGGAAGCACUAUGAUCAAAACCAUCUCAUUGUCAGUUCAGUCAGCGAAGAGAAGCCAACACAAUGCUGGGAGCCGCUGGUCGUGUAAAUGGCACAGGCUAAGAAUCAGUUCCAUCAACUUAAUGAAGAGUAGCAGAAAACAGGACAUUGGAGCAGUCUUCCCAGUAAUUUUAAAAACAAAGAAAUAACAGAAU